UGUUUCAGUGGGACGGACUGUGAAUGUCACCUGUGAAGGGGUGGCGGUCAUGCACACAACCGAAAACAGUCGAGACUUCCUUGGUCGGGAGGAUGCUUCUGGAGAGAGUGUCGAGCCAAGUGGACUAAAUUAUAUAAUAACCUGAAAAGAAUUUUCGUUUCUGGAGUCAGAAAAGCAAACCCUCAGCCACAAUGCGGGACAUGAUGGAAAGACUGAAAACCAUCGCGGAGGAGGAUGAUAAAGACUCGGGCUGCUAUGUACCCGAGUACGAUGUAGACAAAGGGUCUCUGCCUCUGGAGGCUGUUAUAUUUGAGAGGUCCAACACUAUGGAAGAAGUCCUCCACGAGGCCAGCUCUAUACGCAAAGAUCUCUCCUUGCUCAGCUUGGAAGUGGGGCGUCUGAAAGACCACAACGAACGCUAUAUAACCUCUGUGAGCCGAUUCUCCCUUUUGAAGCGCGAUUCGGAUUCCAUCGCCAAGGGGAUCCAGCACAGAGGGCAAUUGGUGUACAACCGAAUCCAGGUUUUGGGGGAUCGUGCCAAUGAGUUGGAGAAACUUGAAGGUGGAAACUCAGCCGUUAGUCGGAUUGCUCGUGUUCAGUACGACACACUCGCUUUUGCCUUUCGAAGUGCAAUGGAACGCUACAACGGGGCAGAGGAGAUGCAGAGGGAAAUCUGCAGGACGAGGAUCCAGAGACAGGCGACCCUCAUAGGGAAGGACAUCAAUGAAGAUCAGCUGAACGAACUGGUGAAUAAAGGUGGAGAGGGCUGGACAGAGCUCUGCCAGAGCGUUCAGCCACAAAGUGCACUGUCGUGCCGAAAGGCGCUGUGCGAGAUCAGAACAAGACACAAGGAGCUGGUGAACUUGGAGGCCAGGCUGAAGGAAAUCCAUGAAAUGUUUUUGCAAAUGGCUGUGCUGGUGGAAGAGCAGGGAGCUCUGCUGAACAGCAUUGAGACAUAUGUGGGAAAAACUGAGGAACACAUUGAGACAGCUGAUAAUAAAUUCAAAGUGGCCUUAAGAUACAAAAAGAAAAACCCGUGUUUGCAAUGUUGCCCAUGUCUACCUUGCUGGAACAACACCUAGACUUUAUUUAUUAUUAAGUCGAUCUGACAUAAGUUUUACAGACAAUUCAAAAGUUUAAAAAUUACCUGCAUCUAUUGCAAAAAACUUUGUGGCCAAGGAAAACUUGGAAAGCAACAAAGAUUAGCUUAAUUUUAGUACCAAUCCAAUGAAAAUUGUGAUUUUCUUGUGGACAUACAUUAAGAAAAUUAAGAUCAAAACUGUAUUUUUAAAUAUUUAUUUAUUUAAAUAGUUGUGAAUCAAGAGCAGAUGAAAACAUGCUGUUGGUAGAUAAAUCGAUCCAUGGACGUCUUUGUUUUCCUGGAUGGAUAGCUCCGAUGUUCCAGUCAUGUUAGGUUAAGAUGUGAGGAGCCGUAAGCUAGGGAGAGAGCGUGUAAACAAAGGCAUGAUGGGAAAUGAAGGCGGGCUGAUCCAGCCGCUCUGGAGAGAAAAUGUGACUAAAAAAAUGACAGUUUUUUUAAUUUUGCCAUCAUAAUUAAAAGACAAUUGGAAAUGCUUUCACAAUAGAUCAAUUGUGAAUUUAAUGAACAGAUUGAUGUAUGUUGAUUGUCAUCCUUGAGGUGAAGGUUGUCUAAAAUUACAUUUUUCGUUUUCAUCUGCUUAUUUUUGUAGACAAACAUGGAAAAUGUACCUUUUUUAUGUUUUGAUUCUACAUAAAUGCCUUUGUAAUAAUUGUAAUUUCCAGUCACUUGAAAACAAGAGAAGAAAAUGAUAUUUUCCUAACAUUCUAACGUGUUUGUUUUUUUAUUUCUUGUUUCCAACUUUCAUUUGAGCACCUUCAUAGAUGUGGGUAUUUGUGCAAACCUAAAUUAAAAACAUAAUUUGUGCACAUAUAACAUGUAUAACAUAUCAAGUUCAGACGCUGACUUUAAUACA